GUCUGUAUCGAUCAAUCUGGGCAGUGGAUGUCAGCCUGGAAGGAAAAACAUUUGAACAUUGGGACCCAGUAUCUGCGGAUGCCUGCAAACCACACCCCUCACAAGAGCCCUACAGCCUUGAGUUCCUUCUGCAAGCUGGAAUCUCGCGAGCUUCUUCCCACAGAGGGAGCUUCCUUGGUACCAUCCUUGCAGCUGUUGGAAGAUUUCUGUCACGAAACCAUCAUCAAGAGCGCCAUGGCUUACCUGCAAGGGCUGAUCAAAGACAGCGUAACUGCGGUUCACCCGCAUGAAUAUGAUGAGGAUGAGCCAGGCUCAGUCCCGGUGUGGCCCACGUGGGUGCAGCCUGACACUUUCCCCGCUGCAAAUGCGGAGCAAGCCUCAACACAAUUGCCCGAUGCAAAUGGGCAGCAGGCCUCGGCAAAAGUGCCCCUCAUUCAGCAUGCGACUGACGUGCUGGUCAGCCAGACUGAUGUGUCAGGCAGGGCAGUGGUGAUCGUGGGUGGAGGCAUGACAAGUGCUCAGCUGGCGCUGAGGGCGUGCAGUGGAGGGGCUGCCAGCACCACCCUCAUCUGCAGACACAAGCUCUGCGUCGGAGCGCUUGACUGCGAGGUGGGCUGGUUUGGGAACAAGGAGCUGGCACCCUACAGGGCAAACACCGACCAUUUGCAGCGGAUGCGGAUGUGUCACACAGCGCGCGGGAGCGCCAGCAUCAAUGCGACGACCAUGACUGAUCUGCACAGCGCCGUCAGCGCUGGCAGGCUGCAGUUGCUGGAGGACUGUGAAGUGGCAAGCUCUUCGCAGCAGGGCCACCGGCUCGAUGAAUGCAUAUAUGCGGAUGUCUUGUGGCUGGCGACUGGGACAGCAGUGGAUUGCCUGUCAGACCCUCUCCUGUCACAACUUCAAGCCGCUUGCCCCACAGAGAUUGUUGGGGGCUACCCUGUGUUGGACGACAGCACACUGGCCUGGCCAGGGCUGCCUCUCUUCUUGCUGGGCCGCAGUGCAAUGCUGUCCAUCGGCCCUGCUGCAGGCAUGCUUCACCCGCCCUCCUGCCAAAAAAAUUCGAUUAUAAUGCGAACGAUGUCAUGCCAAAGAAUGGACUUUGAUGGCUAUAUAAAGGUCUAUAAAUAUAAAUGUCUAGCACGAAUGUCCAGAAAGAUUAGUGAGCGUUUGCAAAUUGAUGGCGUGCAGGUGAGAUGCCGGGCAUGCGGAUAG